AUGGGCCAAAAAGCCCUUUGGCCGCUGUUUUUAUUCCUCGCACAGUGCGCAUGGGCAAUACAAAAAAUCGCCGAAGCCCCGAAAAAUACUACAGUACAUCUGGGAGAAUCAGCCUUACUACGAUGUCGAGUGGAGAAUCAGGUGAGAAUUACGAAUUUGAGACAUUUUUAUAUUAUACUUGACAUUAAAUUUGAAAAAAAAAUUAAUUUUUUUAAAAAUUUUUUUGGGAUGAAUAAGAUUUUGAUGUCACUAAAGUAAGAAGAUGGUGUUUUCAAAAUUAUAGGACUGUUAAUUAGUGGUUAAAAUACAUAAAAGGUCGAUUUUUGCCCGUUUUUCCUCCAUUUUUUACCGCAUAGUGCGGCUUCCGCCAAUUACCGCAAAUCAAAGACCGCGAAUCCCCCGAAGUCUCUUUGCUUCUUCUUGGCGGCUUCUUCGAUGCAAAUUUGGCAAAGAAAAAUAGCUCCGAGCCGGAUGUCCCGGAGCUAUUGCGCAACUGGGAAUAAUUUGGAAAAAGUCAAAAAAAAUUUGAAAUUUUGGAAAAUUGAAGAAAAAAAGUAGACUAUUUGAAGGUAAAAUACGUAUUUUUUAAUAUAAUUUUUACUUAAAAUAAUAAAAAAAAAUUCAAAAUUUUUAUUUUUGAGAAGAAAUCUAAAUUAAUAUAAAUUUUUGGCGAAUUUUGAUGAAAAAUGAGAUUUUUUGCUGAAAUACGGGCUUUUCUUGUCUUUUAAUUAUUUUUUCCAGUGCGUUGAGUCGAAGAUUGCCUUGUAUUUUACAAUAUUUUGCAAUAAUUUCUUUGCCUUCCCUUAUAAAUCCAUCGAGAAACAGAUGGAAAUCGAUCUUCCCGCUCGAUUUCCCCCCUCAAUUUUUGAUUUCCAUCAAUAUUGACGGGAUUGCGCAACCCUGCCGAAACUUUAUUUGAAUAAACAAACGGCAUUUGGCCCCAUCGAUCACUGUGAUCUUAAUCCCAUUUCCGAGCCCGAUAAUCGGAACGGAAAGAAGAAAACCCCUCCGUAAUUUGUCAGCGCGCCGUUUUUGUAACGAAAAAAGCAUUGCCGCUUAGUUCAGGGGGCUCCGCCGAUUGCGGGGUAAUCGACUUUUUCCGGUAAUCGAAAGAAAACAAAAGAAGAUGGAAGAAAACGCCAAAGAUUGGCCGUUUGGAGAGAAAUUUUGGCCGAUUUGAACAAAAAUUUGCAUAAAAAUGGGAGAGAAGAAGUCAGAAAAGGAAGACAGAGAGUCUUCUGGAAGUUUUAAAGGCUUAUAAAAUACGAAUUUGAGAGAAAAUCGGUUCAAUUUUGCAAAAAAUUGACUGAUUUGACAAAAAAUUGCGUAAAAAUUAGAGAGAAAGGAGUCAGAAAUAGAUUUGAGGAUACCCAAAUGGGCCUAAAUUCAUUUUGUUUCUUGCAAAAAUCCAAGAUUUCUCCAGUUUUCUUGUUUUCUUUUUAAUUUUCGUAGUGAAAAUUUUUUUUAAACUCGUUUUUUACAUCCAUCUAAAAGCCUGGGACAUACUACAGUGAGGUACCGGAUCCAAUGGCAUAAAACGUCUCAUUUUGCAUCCCGGAAGGGACCAAAAUGACUCCAAACCAUUCCCUUCUCUAAGCUAAAAAACUCCGCUUUGAAAAGCGCGCCCUUUCUUUCAAGGCGGGCUCUUCAAAUCGGUUUUUUAGCUUAGAAAAGGGAAGGGUUUGGAGACAUUUUGGUCCCUUCCGGGAUGCAAAAUGAGACUUUUUUUGCCAUUGGAUCCGGUCCCUCACUGUAGUCCGUCCGAAAAGUCGCUGGACUGAAAUCAGCGACACGCACUUUGGGAAAACAAAAAUUUUCUUUACACUGUGCAAUUUCUUGAUUUUUUCAUCGUGCAAAAGGCUUUUUUCGGCUGUCCUCGUAUCCUGACUCUUUUUCGCACAGCGCAAACGCCAAAAAUCAGUCUAGCGACUUUCCGAAAGGGCAAGUCCGUCCUCAAAGUCGCUGGACUGAUUUUUGACGUUUGCACUGUGCAAAAAACAGUUAGGAGCGACAGCCGAAAAAGCCUUUUGCACGGUGCAAAGAUCAAGAAAUUGCACAAUGCAAAGAAAACUUUUGUUUUCCCAAAGUCCGUGUCGCCGAUUUCAGUCGACUUUCCGGAUGGUCUGGUAUGUUCCAGGCUUUUAGAUGGAUGUAAAAUACGAGUUUAUAAAAUUUUUCCCUACGAAAAUUAAAAAGAAAACAAGAAAACUGAGGAAAUCUUGGAUUUUUGCCCGAAAAAAGUAAAUUUCGGCCGAUUAGAGUAAAAAUUUUUUAUGAAGAUAUUGCAAAUUUUGAUCAAAAAUAAAUUUCAAGGCCUAUUCCAAAUUUUUUGGUUGUUGUAAAAUACGGUGUCUCCUGGCCUAAAUUUUUCGAAAAAUUUAUACCGAGAAUUGACUUUUUCUUUCAAAAAAUCUCCGAUUCAAUUGGAAAAAUCAAUUUCUUCCAGAGAGGAGCGGUUCAAUGGACGAAAGACGGCUUUGGCUUGGGCACAGACCGAGACAUGAAACUCUUCAAACGAUAUCAAAUGGUCGGCAGCACCGCCAAUGGAGAAUAUCACUUGCAAAUUCAGAACGCAACCCUCGACGAUGACGGUGCAUAUGAAUGCCAACUCCUUUGGGCGGAGGAAAAUCCGGCUGUAAUAUCAGAACCGGCUUAUCUUGGGGUUUUGGGUGAGUUUUGAAAGAUUUUGGAGAGGAAGUUGUAUUGUAAUGGGGAUUAAAAGAAGUUUGAUGUGCUAUGGCGUAUUUUACCGUAUUUUUUUGGAAUUUUGGUAGUGAUCAUGGCAGAAUAGGAUAUUUGCGAUUGAAUAGGAGAGAUUUUGGAUUGAGUCUUACAAGGGAUCGGCAAAAGCGCGCAUCCUGGUUUUUUCUUGAAACAUAUACCAUUUGAAAGAGCGUAAAAAACUGGUCUAGGAUCACAUUUUAUUGUCUGCUAUUUUUGCUCUACGCCUUCGCUAGCGAGCAUUCUUUAUUUCUAGGCUUAUCUCACCCUUUUUCCGAGGAAACAAAUCCGAACGAUUUCCAAAGCACAGCGCAGCAGUGCUUCGGUGGCCUAGUGGGGUAAGGCGCUGGACGAGGCGAACCUGCGAACCGGGUUCGAAACCUCUUUUGAUUUUUUUUUGAUUUUCUUUUUAUUGCAAACCAAAUAAGGCCUGGAAAUAGUGUUUGAGUGUCGUAUAGACAUUUGUGGUAUAAUCGGAGUCGUUUUUUUUAAGAAAAAACGGAGAUUUCUUAAAUUCUUUCGAAUUUCUAGUACUUGCCCUUGAAGUGGGUAUCUUCUAUGGCUGGAACUUUCAACGACUUUCAGAUUUUUACGAAUUAAGCCCAGUAUCGGAAAGUACGUGAAAACUGAGUCUGAAAACGGUUUACACGUUUUCUACCCGCUAUGUUGCAUUGGGUUACACGGCCUAAAAGAUCGCGUAGUAACACAUUGUGAACAUGGACUUGGGUAUCUCAAAGUCGGAAAAAAAAUGUGUAUUCUUUGGCAUAGGGUGAAGCGUUGGACGUCAUAGGUACGUAUGGGACAUAUGAAAAGUUAUUAUUGAAUCUUUUUAGCCGUUAAGAAGCAAAGAGUCGUGAAAUCCAACCGGGAUUUUUAAAAAAAUGCUCGCUAGCUAGGGCGUAGAGCAAAAAUAGCAGCUAAUAAAAGGUGAUCCUAGACCAGUUUUUUACGCUCUUUCAAAUGGUAUAUGUUUCAAGAAAAAACCAGGAUGCGCGCUUUUGCCGAUCCCUUGUUAGACUCUGGAUAGCUUAUAUUAUUUAUCAGAAAACUUGAUGGCAUCAAUAAUGUAAAGUGAUAUAUUGAUGUAAUUUGAAGUUUUAUUGGUGGGAAAUUAAGGUGAAGUAGUGUUAGAAGGCUUUUAGGAAGUAGUGAAUGGUGUUUUAUAGGGUUAACAAAAGAUUUUUGAACAGUUUUGCGCCUUAUAUUACCCAUGAUCCAUAUUUGUGGCAUGGAUAAUAUAACAUGAUUUUUGAGGUGGAAAUUAUGAAUUGCUGAUGGUAAAUGUGUUUACGAAUGCAAAACAUGAGUUUUUAAAACCGAUUUGAAUGAAUUUUUUUGCUUUGCAUACCUUUUGUUUCCAUGAAACAUUUGGAUGUCAUGAGUAAUAUAGAAUUGAUCGCUGCGGGCUUAACUAGUGAUAAAAUGGUUGUUAAUCGGUCGGAAAAUAAUUUUCAAGGAUCACUGCAACUUUUUAAUUUUAGUUUAUGCAUAUUAUGACUUUAUUUCAUCUCCAAUUUGACCUUAUUUUAGCCACCCCCAAGGGCCCUUUUCUCACCAUCGAAAAUCAAAAAGCCGAGCCGAUCGAAGCCGUCGAAGACAUCCCACUACAAGCGAAGUGCACUGUAAAUCACGGGAAACCAGCGGCUCGAAUUGUGUGGGUUAUCUCGAUGGACAAGGAGGGCCAAAGAAUCGCUGCCUACAUUAACAAUGCUAGUGAUGUCCUAAAAGAAAUUGGGAUUAAUCCGGUUCGAAACCAACGAAAUUAUGAUCUUAGUGUCCUGGAAGACACGGAGGAGGACGAUGACGGAUUUGUCAGCAUUACUUCGACGUUAAGGUGAGAAAUUGGGGGAAAUUUGUGGUAUUUUGCCGUAUUUUUGUCUGAAACAAGGGAAAAGAGUGGGUUUUUGGCGGGCGCACACUUGCGGGCAACCACUUUGCGGGCAACCAGUUUGCGGGCAAAUUUUUUGCGGGCAGCCACUUUGCGGGCAGCCGACAUUUGCGGCCAGCACCGGCAUUUGCGGGCAGCCUGGGACAUUUGCGGGCAGGGUCGACAGUUGCGGGCAGCCUGGAAGAUUUGCGGGCACUCGACAUUUGCGGGCAACCGGCACCUGAUUGUGAGGGUAACAAGGUGGACGUGGAAAAAUUACUAUGAUAUGAUAUUUUGGAAAUUUGCCGACAUUUGCGGGCAGCCGACAUUUGCGGGCAACCGGAACUUGAGGAUAACAAGGUAGAGGUGGAAAAAUUAGUUCGAUAUUUUGGAAGUUUUCCGACAUUUGCGGGCAACAGUUCCAAAGGUUCCUAUGCAGUCUGUGUGAUUGUUUUUUCCUGUUGCCCGCAAAUGUCGGCUGCCCGCAUGUGUCGGCUGCCCGCAAAUGUCGGCAAAUUUCCGAAAUAUCGCAGUAAUAUUUCCACCUCCACCCUGUAACCCUCAGGUGCCGGUUGCCCGCAAAUGUCGGCUGCCCGCAAGUGUCGGUUGCCCGCAAGUGUCCCAGGCUGCCCGCAAGUGUCUCAGCUGCCCGCAAAUGUUUCAGCUGCCCGCAAAUGUGACCCCCCAAAUUUUGCCCGCAAAGUGGCUGCCCGCAAAAAAUUUGCCCGCAAACUGGUUGCCCGCAAAGUGGUUGCCCGCAAGUGUCGCGACGCCGGGUUUUUUGGGAGUAUGAUUGAAUUUACAGUAGAAUGGGCCUAAUAAAAGGUUAUGGAGGCAUUUUGAGAUGAUUUUUUGCUUGAAUAUGCAAAUUUUUUGGGAUUUUUGGGAAAUUUUGGGUGUUCUAAUUUUCAUAUUUUUUUCAGAUUUAUCCCAACGAAAUUCGACGACAAAAAGUACCUUUCCUGCAUGGCCAUUCAUCCAACUUUUGGUGGCCGAGCCCACACUCGCGCCCAGCUUCUGAACGUCCAGUAUAAACCCAAAGUCAAAGUUGUACUCGACGAAAAACAGUCGGACCUAAGAGAAGGCGGAAGAGCAAUGUUUUCCUGCCUGGUGGACGCUCAACCCGGAGAUACGAGAGUCUACUGGGCCAAGUACGGCGACCGAUUGAAAGAAUUGAACUCAAAAACGGCGGUCAUCGAGAACUUGAGCAUGGAAGAUCAUGCGAAUCAUGUGACUUGUAUCGCUGAAAAUAAGAUUGGCCAGAGUAGAGGGAGCAUGAAUAUCAGCAUUCAUUGUAAGUUGAGGACUGCAAGAGGGAAUGGGCAGAGUUUGGAGGGAAUUGAAGGCGAUUUGAGAGGCUUUUUUGGAGGGUUUGAAUAUUGUAUUACAUUAUUUUUGAUGAAUUUUUGAUUUUUACUUCAUUUUUGAUGGGGAUUUUGGUUGAUAAUGUUUUUAAUGGAAUAUGAAUAGUAUUUAGAAGGUUCGAUAUUAGUUGGCACAAAAUUUGAGGCCAAAUUUUUUUUUUUCAUUUGACCUUAUUUUAGGGUUAGAUGACCUGUGGUUAUUCAGAUCUUAGAAUUUUUGAUAUAAAUAUGCGCUGGGAAUAUUGAAAGUUGAUUUUUUGUGUGGUUAAGAGAAUUUGAGGUGGAUAAUACAUGAUUUUAACAACGAUUUCUCCUUUGUUUGGACAGUUACGACCUUGUUUUACAAUAUUUUUGAGCAAAUUUUGAUUUUUUUUGAAAAUUUUGGUGGUAUUGACUUUUCUAAUGGAUUUUAGUGGCUCUGAAAGAAGUUUGGAGUAAAGAGGAAUCAAUUGAAGUCCCUUUUCCAUGUUUUUACAUCAAAAUUUUCAAAAUUUAUCAUCAUUUUUCCAGACGCCCCAAAGAUGAUGUCCACCUCGCGAACCCAGAUCGUCCAGCGCGGAGAGAGCGUCUCGUUCCAGUGCGAAACUGUUGGAAAUCCAAAACCGACAGUCCUAUGGUUCCGUCGGGGAAUUCACACCACCCAAACCACCGAACCCAUCGCCAAAGGACCCACUUUGACAUUGGACUCGGUGCAUGCCUGGCAUGUGGGAGAAUAUGAAUGCAUGGCGAAGAGCCCCGGCUUCCCACCGGCCCGAUUAACCCACUAUUUGCAUAUGAAAGGACCACCAAUCAUCACGCUGGAGGAACCGAUCCAGAAUAGCCGGAGGAUCGAGUUGCGAUGCAAGGUAGUGUAAUAUAAAAUUUGGAGAAAUUUUGGGAAUUUAUGGGUGGAAUAGAAAGUGUGGAGGUUUUGAAUGGUGUUUUAUUUGGUUUAGAGGGGCUUUGAGACCUACGGCAGUAGUUAUAUUAUCCAUGAGAUUCAGGUGGGUCAUGGAUAAGAUAAGGUGCUGGAUGGCGAAAGACGGUAUUUCUGGGUAAUAUAAAAACAAAAUUGGCUUGAAAGAGCAUUAAGCGUGGUAUUUCAGCGAUUUUUUCUAGUUAUAUGUACAAAAUAUUAGUUAUAUUAUCCAUGACGUUCAACUGGGUCAUGGGAAUAUAAAGUCGGUUUAGCGACCCGUUUUGAUUGAAAAAUGAGCUGAGUGACUCUCAAAUUAUUUGCAAUUUCAAAUAGAGGCACAAUUUUUACUUUUUCAUCUUGUCAGGUUCGAGCCAAGCCCUCUCCCAACAAGGUUUUGUGGUACAUCAAUGACCGAGAGCUCAAUUACAACCUGGCUCAAGGUCGUUUGGGCCUUGACGAAGUUCAAACUGACUAUGGAGUGGAAUCCAAACUUACAAUCACCAAAGUCACCGAAAAGGACUACGGAACCUACAAUUGCACCGCCUGGAAUGAAUUUGGCGCAAGCUCCGCCCACAUUCGGGUCACUCAGAAAACUGUGUGGGAAAAUAUUAGUAAGUAGUGGUAAUUUUGUAAUGAAAAAAAUCUUUUUGAAGUUAGCUUGAGUUUAAGUUCAAGUUGGCGCAAAAAUUUUUUUUGAAUUUUGGGAUUUUUUGGUGAAAUUUUAAAUUCUAGAAAAUACGUCAUCGAUGAUUACAAAACUGGGUGGGUUACUGUAAUUUUCGAUGAAAAAUUUUUUUGAAGGUGCUGACUAUCGUACGGUUUCAUGGGUAUAAUUUGUUUUUAGAAUUUCUUGAAAUUUAAGCAUGUCAUCAUGACGGAUUUUCUGGAAAUUCCAUUAAAAAUUGAUAACUUUAAUUUUUCUUCCAUUUUUUUGUAAAAUACGCGUUUCAUGGCUCAGGAUUAUUUGUAAUUUUUAGAGAAGACAAUAUUCCAAUGGUUCGUCGCCGUCCCAUGGUACGUCUGGAUCAUCAUCAUGGCAAUAUUCAUGUUGUUACUGGCCUCUUGCCUCAUUUGGAGAUGCUGUUGCUGCUGUAGGAAGUGCCGAUCGAAUGAGAGUAUAAAACCAACCAAAUUUAGUGGUGAGUUUGGGAUUUUUUGGAGAAAUUGGACCUUAUUUUAGAUAAAAAAAAUUUAUUACCUAAAAAAAUUUUUUUUUAUUUUACGGAAAAUUUUCUGAAAUAUGGUAAUAUGAGACCAGUUAUGGGCCAAGAAUUCUGUUUGUGGCAUUUUUAUUCUUCUGAUAUUUAUAAAAAUUCAAUUUUUUUAGACUGUUCCGACGUCACGGUUCGAUGCGAAGCGCUCGAUGAAGACGCCCAAGAAUACUUUACAAACAUGUUCCCUUCCCCUCAUUCCGGCUCCGACAUCCUCCGCAAAGACUACAUCUCAGUUCCGCAGAGUAAUCCGGACCUGGAUUACCUCCCACCGCCGGUUUAUGGCAGUUAUUAUCAGGCAACCUACGAUUAUGCGGACAAUAAUCGACCAAUUCGGAUAGAACCCGGCGCGUACGGAAGCUACAGUCAAUCUCCUGGUAAGUUUAGAGAGUUUAGAGCUUGAGGCUGAAGAAUGGAAAGUUUGAAGCAAUUCGGAAGAUUAAUUUUUGAGAUUUUAAAAUUUUUUGCUAUAUUAUUCAUGGUUGUUUUUUCAGUCCUCGGAAAUGAUGUUUGUGUGGGCGUUUACCCCAACCGCAACAACGUCACAGUCCGCCAGUUGAAUGUAGCACCCCUGGACACGCUCCCGGAGAUUGUGACACCGCAGGAUGACCUACAACGAACUGCCUCACGCCUCUCCACACAUGUCUGA